UAAUGGUAUUAUAUGUAGUAUACAUCAUGACUAUCUCAACUAUAUAUAUUGACAAACAGCAAAACAACUAUUCCAACUAUAAAUAAGAACCUUCCUGACUAAAAUAAAACAAAGAGAAGGAAAUUAAAGCUGAUAACUGAAGCUAGCUCUUAGCUUGAAAACACAGGACGUUUUAAAGCUUAGUCAUUUUUCAAGAUGGGAGAAGAAUCUGUAGACAUAAGGUUGGAAAUAGAGAAGGCGAAGGUGCCACUGCCACCACAGCCACAACGAACCCAUUUCGUCCUAGUACAUGGAAUAGGGGGAGGAGGGUGGUGCUGGUACAAAAUUAGGUCUCUUAUGGAGAAUUCCGGCUACAAAGUCACAUGUCUUGACCUUAAAGGUGCUGGAAUCGACCAAGCUGAUCCGAACACCAUUAUUUCUUUUGAUGAAUACAACAAGCCUCUCAUCGAUUUUUUGUCAUCUACUUUGCCUGAUAGUGAACAGGUAAUAUUGGUAGGACAUAGCGCUGGAGGACUGAGUGUUACGGAUGCAACCCAUAAAUUCGCAAAGAAAGUAAAGGUGGCAGUGUAUAUAGCAGCAACCAUGUUGAGAACUGGUUUUGUGACUACACAAGAUGUUAAAGAUGGAGUCCCCGAUUUAUCAGAUUUUGGAGAAUUUGCUGAUGUAUAUGACAUAGGAUUCGGAUCAGGACCCGAACAACCUCCAACCAGUAUAGUUAUUAAGAAAAGUUUACAACGCAAAAUUAUUUAUCAAAUCAGCCCCCUUGAGGAUUCAACAUUAGCGACAAUGUUGUUGAGACCAGGACCAAUUCAAGCGUUACAAAGCGCGCGAUUCAAAGAAGGCGGCGAGGGAGCAGAGAGGGUGCCUCGAAUAUACAUAAGAACGGCGCGUGAUCGAGUGAUGAAGCCGGAGCAGCAAGACGCAAUGAUCAGAAAAUGGCAACCGCAACAUGUGUGCACCUUGGAAAGUGAUCAUAGCCCAUUCUUCUCUGCUCCUUUCACGCUAUUCGGUCUGCUUGUCAAGGUUGCUGCUUCUUUUUAGUGCAGUUACUAAAAUAUAUAGUCCGUUUGGCCAAACUUCUAAAAUCAGCUUAUUUUGAGAAGUGUUUUUUUCAAAAGUACUUUUAAAAAAAGUGCUUUUAGUGAGAAGUAGUUUGUGUUUAGCUAAUUAAUUAGAAAAACACUUUUGAACAGUAAUUAGUAUUUGGCUAAACUUUUGAAAACUGCUUCUAAGUGUAUUUUCUCAAAAGUGCUUCUCAGAAAAGUGUUUUUGGAGAGAAAUUAA